CUCAUACGAACUCAGUCACGGAACGAAUCGAAGUUCGUAAGUCAAGGUAUGUUUGUAUUUCCGUAUACUUAACCUUACUAACCACCAUUCUAACUUUUCCCACGCCGUGCAAUUAAUAGUGCAUCUUGUACCCAUCGUGCUGUGGAUAUGAUCCAUUAAAAAUGGUCUUGAAUACAAGUUUCCAAAUUGUGAAGCCUCUGGAGUUUCCUCUACAUGCCGAUCUUGAUGAGAUCAGCCGGUGCGUUCAUUUCGAUGACUUCCAGGAAGCGGUAAACUAUGAAGCUCUUCUGCCGCAGCCGCUCUCCAACAGCCACAUGAGACUCCAACAACGGGUGCUGUGGUUCGCACCAUCGCAGGCCAGCACGGAGCACAAUUUCUACGGCAACGUCAGCUUCACCAUCAAGUGGAAGACCGUGCUACAGAAACUCGGUCCGAACCUCUACCUCAUCGACCAGGCCAUUUAUAACGCCAGAAGUUUCACUAGAGUCGUGUUUACUAGAAAUAGCUAUGACACAAUACUUACGAGAGUGGAUUUAGAUUCUGAAGAUUCGCCCAUGACGAAAACCGAGUCUGGUUUCCGCCACGCUUCGCAUUGCAUGAACAAAGUUCGCUGGGGUCCCCACGAGCUGCAGAUCGCGAUCGAAGUUACCGAUGACGAUGCCCGGUGGCUAUACUUGAACUGUAAGCCGGUGGCCAACAAUCAUUCCAUGGCGAACGUUCCCAGCUUUGGAGAACACAUCAGAACGGAUGGAAAAGAAUCGAAAUUUCUUCCCUACAAAUGCUUCAAGUUCAAUACUGCUCAAAAUUUGGAAUGUCCUUUUCCGUGGACCAAAUCUGAGUGCGAGAUGAACAUACAAGUGGUAUUGAAGACUGGAGUUUCUAGCAGGACUCAUUUUAGUACGAAAGAAAUCACGCAUUCUACUAAGAAAAAUGUUAGCUUCAUUCCAUCCCCUGUUGUAGCGUCACCACGUUUACCUUCACGCCCUGCUACUCGCGUUAAAUCAUUACGAAUAGCACCACGACCAAGAGCCGAUGAUGGCUGGAACCUGACUAUACUGCUUGCAGUAGUAGCCGUCUUUUCGAUUUUUGCACUGGAGUUUGUUUUAUAUCCCCUCUUACUUUUUACAGGUUUUUUUAAAUGAUGAUGUAUAAUAAGAAAUAUUAUUCACUUCAAAAUUUAAGGUGGCCUCUCGCUCCACCCCCUCCCCCCGGAAAUUAUUUUGCCGUAGAAGUAAGAAGUUGACCGUCCGAAUUCAGUUACUUUUAAUCAAUAAAACUAAAAUUUAUUUUCUGCCGCGUCACAUUGGAUUAGUUUUCAAUGCACAUUCCAUAUGAAAUUGUUCCCACACUGUGUCUCGUAUGUCCUCAAAUACCUUACAGUUGCAAGUUCAAUUUUAUGUAGUAUAUUUUGUGUGACUGGUAAUCCGGCUUCAGCUUACAAAUUAUUGUAUGAAUUAAAUUCUGAUAAAGUUUUAGAUCAGCGACCCCGAUGCCUCAUAACAAAAGAAGAAACGUCAAUUAAUUCAUUGAGAUAAUCGAUAAAUAAAGGGUCAUGGCUUCCCAAGACGCGCGUUUAGAAGAAGAUCGAAGCUCCGAUAUUCUCACAUCUAAAAUUACCCAGAGAAGUAUUUGCUUGUACAAUAUUUAUUCCUAAGUUUUUAGUGUUUAAAGCGGUUUAAGGUUUUAAGGUUCCAUUCCCAUAUUACUCCUGCCAGAUCAGUUGUUUGAAAUACCAAUCUGAAAUUCAAUCGUCUGAAAAUAAAUGAAAAUUUCAAGAAAAUAUCAUAAGCUUUCAAAUAGUGACAUACCGAUCACGGUACAAAUAAUAUAUGGAGACACGAGUUCCGAAAGUGUGUUGGGUGCUGGGCGCGCGCACUCACAAUCAACCACAAACAUUGCAAAUUGACCGUUACGUACAACCAAGCAAAUCGCAAACAUGAAUCAAGUUCUAUUAUCUUAUGACAUGAAUAUAACACAACUCUAGCGCCUUUCACACAUACCUCCACUUCGCAGCUAGUGACAUAUGACAACGAUUGUUAUCCGCAUCAUCAAAGAAAACACAGCUACAAUCAUACUGUAAACAUGUUACGGAUCAACACCCGAUAUAAAAUGCACGCGAAAAUUGGAAUUACUUAAAAAUUUACGAAUAAGAUACCUAAUUCUUUUGAUUCUUAAAACGGGAACACAGUUGACAGAACACAGACUAUGGAAUGGCUGUAGAAUAAAAUAUAUAACCUACAUUACCACUCAUUUGUACAACUCACUACCUUUUUGGGUUCUUUGGUUCGCUCCAGCCCACUGGAGCUCCCAGCAAAAUUUGUACGGCAACGCCAGCUUCACCAUCAAGUGGGAGACCGUGCAACAGAAACUCGGAUUGAACCUUUACUUGAUCGAUUAAAAGAUAUGUAACCUAACGGCAAACUUUAAGCAACCCAGUGACGCCAAUUUCAAUGAGCUUAUUUACUCAGCCCGCACCUAAA